AUGUUCUCGGUGCUGACCCGGCAACCAUGUGAGCGAGCAGGCUUCAGAACCCUCUCCCGGACUCCAGCCAUUAUCGCCUUCAUUCUCCUGCUUGUGAGUGUUGUGGUGCUUGCAGCUGUCGCCCUGAUCCAAAUCCACCACCAAGAAGUCCUGCCCCCGGGACUGAAGUAUGGAAUCGUGCUGGAUGCUGGGUCUUCCAAAACCACCGUCUACGUCUAUCAGUGGCCAGCAGAGAAAGAGAAUGACACUGGAGUGGUCAGCGAAACCUUCAAAUGCAAAGUGAAAGGCUCUGGGAUCUCCAGCUAUGAGAACAACCCCCAAGAUAUCCCCACAGUCUUUGAAGACUGCAUGCUCAAGGUCAAGGGGCAGAUCCCAAGCCAUCUCCACCCAUCUACCAGUGUCCAUCUGGGAGCCACGGCUGGGAUGCGCUUGCUGAGGUUGAAAAAUGAAACAGCAGCUAAUGAAGUCCUUGCAAGCAUCCAAAGUUACUUCAGAUCCCAGCCUUUUGACUUUAGGGGUGCUCAAAUCAUUUCUGGGCAAGAGGAAGGGGUAUACGGAUGGAUUACUGCCAACUAUUUAAUGGGAAAUUUCCUGGAGAAGAACCUGUGGCACAUGUGGGUGCAUCCACACGGAGUGGAAACCACGGGUGCCUUGGAUCUAGGUGGUGCCUCCACCCAGAUAGCCUUUGUGCCAGGAGAGAGGGUGAAGACGAAGACCAAUGACAUCAUGCAGGUGUCCCUGUACGGCUACACGUACGCACUGUACACACACAGCUUCCAGUGCUACGGCAGGAACGAGGCUGAGAAGCGCUUUCUGGCAAUGCUCCUACAGAAUGCUCCCAACACAACCCAGCUCACCAAUCCCUGCUACCCUUGGAAUUACACUGCCAACUUCACCAUGGGGAAGAUAUUUGACAGUCUGUGUACAAUGGAGCAGAGGCCGGCGAGUUACAACCCCAAGGACGUCAUCACUUUUGAAGGAACUGGGGACCCACAACUGUGCAGGGAGAAAGUGGCUUCCAUCUUUGACUUCAAUGCUUGCCAACAUGGACAAGAAUGUUCCUUUGAUGGAGUUUAUCAACCAAAGGUUCAAGGGUCAUUUGUGGCUUUUGCUGGAUUCUACUACACGGCCAACGCUCUGAAUCUUUCAGGAAGCUUUUCUCUGUAUGACUUCAACUCCAGCACCUGGUACCUGUGCUCCCUGCAUUGGAGUCAGCUCGCACACCUGAUUCCCAACUUCAACGAGGCCUACGCCCGCUCCUACUGCUUCUCAGCCCAUUACAUCUACCACCUGCUCGUAAAUGGGUACAAAUUCACCGAGGACACCUGGCCCCAAAUACAUUUUAAAAACGAGGCGGGGAACAGCAGCAUAGCCUGGUCUCUCGGCUACAUGCUCAGCCUGACCAACCAGAUCCCAGCUGAGAGCCCCCUGAUCCACCUGCCCAUUGAGCCGCCCGUCUUCGUGGGCCUCCUUGCUUUCUUCGCAGCGGCUGCCUUGCUGUGUCUGGUGUUCCUUUUGUACCUGUGUUCGGUGUCCAGGACAAAGAAGCACUCGGUGCAGGCCUUUGACCAUGCAGUGGAUUCUGAGUGA